GUCGACUCAUGCGCAGUACAUAGUGCUCACAUUGAUGCUGUUACUGCCAUCGUCCGUUCUAUCAUUCUUUUUUCUCUACACCCUAUUAUGUGAAGCUAUUACGGGAGCACAUGGUCGAAGACGUUUCUUAGGAUUCCCCAGAAGAGGCCUCUUCGGAGGAGGCCAACAACGAUUUGGUAGCCAACGAGGAGGUUUUGGAAGAGGCAGCAUGUACGGAGGGCGCUCCUUGGGAAGGCCUUUUGGCUUCCCUGGAAGGGUCUUUUCGAGGACUUACGCCGGACGCUUUGGUGGUGGCUAUCCUGCAGCAACUCGAAAUCCUUACCGGCCCAGCUAUGCAAAUUACAAAGCAGGCUUCAACCGCUUUAACCCCUAUUCUAGAACACGCUACGGUGGAGUGCGCUCCCCAGCAGGCUUCGCAGGUCGUCGUCCUGCGGGUGGGUACGGUAGCCGUCCUGGGGUUGGGUAUGGAGGUGCUCGGUCUACGGUCGGCUACGGUGGAAGUCGUUACCCUGUAGCAGGAUUUGGAGGAAAUCGUUAUGCUGGAAGAGGCUUCGGCGCAGCACAUCGACCUGCAGUAAAUUACGGUGGAGGCCGUAAUCCUGUCGGCUUCGGUAUGGGUCGAGCCAAUCAUCCAGCAGCAGGCUCUGGAGGAAAUCGCUACUCUAGAUUAGGCUUCGCGGGAAACCAUCAGCUAGGAAUGGGUAUGUAUGGUCGAGGAAACCACCCUGGUAUGGCCUCCGGUAAUGGUCGUUUUCCGAAUGGACGCAGCGGUUCUAAUCAAAGAAACCCUAUGGGUUGGAACAAUCGCGGAAGAUAUGGAAUGAACCGUUCCGGACGGUUCUCUGCCCAAGGGAUGGACCGAUUCGGCCGCUACCCUGGUGGAGCUAGAGGAGAAGGAGGUAGACUGGGAAAUGCCAAUCAGCGUUACCCGGGAAGGAGAGGAGGAACAGGAAGUGAAUGGGGAAGAGGCCGUCAUGGUUCGAGAGGAGGAGGAGGAGAAGGAAGUGGAGGAGAAGGAAGAGGAGGAACCGGAAGUGAAUGGGGAAGAGGCCGUCAGGGUUGGCGAGGAAGAGGAGGAGAAGGAAGAGGAGGAGACGGAAGAAGAGGGAGAGGAAGAGGAAGAGGAGGCGGCCGAGGAAGAGGAGAAGGAAGAGGAGAAACAGAAGGUGAAGAGAACAAAGAUGGUCGAAAAGGCCGUCGGCGUCAAGGGCAUAGAGGGAGAGGGGAAGGAGAAGGAGAAGGAGAAGGUGGAGAAGGAGGACAAGGAAGCGGAGGAAAUGGAGAAGAAGGACAACAAACAGAAGGAGGUGGUGGCGGCUCCAGCGAUUACGGUGAUUACGAUAACAGUGCCAUGAUCGUGUCAAGCAUAAUGGAGGGAGUGUCUUCGGGAAUAUCUGCUGCUGGAGAAGCUAUUGCAUCUCUCGCACAGGCCUCGCAGGGUCAGGGCGAUAUGGGGGCAAUGCAGCAAGGGGGCGAUAUGGGGGCAAUGCAGCAAGGUCAGAUGCAGGACUCACAAAAUAUGCAAGACACACAAGGAAUGCAGAACAUGCAAGGCCAACAGGAUCAGGGCCAACAGUCAGACUCUUGCGCCGCUACGUUCGCGUACACAGCUUCCAAUGGCUCUCCAGUUUAUAAGUGCGAGUGUUCUAGUGGAACCACGUAUCAGUACAAUGGUUGUGUUGAUAAGGGGGGCUAACUUUGAAAAGAACAUUCCAACCUCACGUCAUUAUGAUGACCGUAUACCACUACUAUAGUAGUUACAGCCUCCAAUUGUUUUUAUUCAAACAAAGAGUGAAUAUAAUUUGUUGUACAGACUACAAAAGCAAG